AUGCCUUAUCUUGAUAACGAUUCUCUUGAAUCUUCAAACAAUCGUUUGAUUACGGAGGAGCUAGAUUAUAACAUCGCAAAUCUAUGUGAUGAGUUUCAUCAACUUCUAGCUGCUCUAACAAAUGAGCAAAGAGGUAUUUAUGACGAUAUCAUCACAGCUGUUGAAAAUAACCGAGGAGGUGUGUUUUUUGAUUAUGGGCAUGGCGGAACAGGCAUGACAACAUACUCUCGCUUUCACAUAAAGCCAGACAUUGAUGUUGCGAAUCGAGGCAUUAGUGACUCACAAAUGCUUUUUGGUGGCAAGGUAGUUGUUUUUGGAGGAGAUUUCAGACAAAUUCUGCCAGUUAUUCCCAACGCAAGUAGACAAGACAUUGUUAAUGCGUCUUUAACUUCAUGUUGGAAAAAAUGCAAAGUCCUAAGAUUAACUAAGAACAUGAGGUUAACUGUUGACGGUGUACCUUCUGAAAUCGAACAGACAAGGAUUCUUGUAAACUGGAUUCUGAACAUUGAAGAAGGCAAGGAAAGAGCAAUUCUUGCACCAAAGCAUGAAGUCAUUCAAGAAAUAAAUGACCGUUUGCUAUCAUUGUUCCCAGGAGACGAAAAGGAGUACCUAAGUUCAGAUAGCGGUUGCCAAAGCAUAAGAUAUUAA